UCUUUGAGCUUGUACCCAGGCGCUGCUGAUAGCAGAGAAAAGGAUAGAGCAGCUGACAAGUCAGGUUAAUGCACUCGACGACGAAGUAAAAUCUAGAGACUUGGUUUUGAAUGAUAUCAAAGAGGAAGCGGUGCAAAGCACCGAAGCGCUUAGACUUGCCGCUCAAAUCAAGCAGGAUCUAAAUCUUUCAAGACAAAGAGAACUGGAGCUGUCACAAGAACUAGACGGCAUGAAAAACAUGGUGAAAGAGCUUCGCCAGGAGCUGGUCGAGAACAAUCGGGCUGUGCGUGCCGAACAGGCCUUGCGUCAACUAGAAAGUGAAAUGGACGAAGUAACAGCUGAAGUAGACAUCCUUCGAAAGGGCGUUGAGGCUCGAGACGAGGCGAUCCAACUGAUGAGAGAAGAAGUCGACAGGAACAUCGAUGUUCUCAGUCACGCGGCUGGAAACAGAGAGCUUGUUCGAGAGCUUGAAGAACACAUCGACGAACUCAAGGCUGAGCUGAGGAAGAAGGACACAAAGCUUGCAGCUAUGGGCAAAGGCUUAGACGUUGGCAGCAGUGUCCCUUCUUCCUCUUCCUCGUUUCUCAAGAGUGGCCUCUACGAAGACCCGUCGUCCUCGAGUUAUACUUUCCAACCAUCGUCGUCUUCCACUCCUUCACAACCAUUUACCAGCGAGGGUAGAAAGCGGGUGAAUAGGAACUCCAGUGGAUACAAAAGAUCCCCGAGACACAGCUAGAGCUUACUGAUCCAUGCCAUCCCAGUGAGUCUUUGAAAGUUGUGAAGGUUGAUUCACAUGUAACUUUAUAGUUAUCAAAACAGUUUAAACAAUAAUUUAAAAGGAAUACUCUCUUCAUUGA